UGUUGCUCCACCUCCCUCCGUACACACUACAGUGGUGAUUGACAUUUUAUCUCUCUUUCGUCAUAGAAGGAACAGUGCCAGGCUCUCUCGCACCCAAGGUAUCAAGAGAUCAGGGGAUCAUUGGAAAACAUUAUUGGAUGAAAAGGCCGUUUUCUACUCUACAUUUUUUCUGCCUUCCAAGAGUUUUCCCUAGUCCAUUAAGCAGGCAUCAUGGAAAUGGGUCAGGGAGUUCCCCCGCCGAUGACAGAUAUACCAGCACCACCAUACCCAGGCCCCCCUGCAGGCUUUGACAUAGGAGGCUAUGAGGGAGGCCCUCCUCCUCCUGCUGUCUACUCUGUUCAACAACCUGGAUACCAGUACUCCCAACAACAGCCUCAGAUCGUACAGCCUGUUCAACAACCUGGAUACCAGUACUCCCAACAACAGCCUCAGAUCAUACAGUCUGUUCAACAACCUGGAUACCAGUACUCCCAACAACAGCCUCAGAUCGUACAGCCUGGUAGGUGUCUCUCUCCAACUGUCUCACAAGUAUACACUGUACACUAUACACUGUCUGGCAAAAAGUGGUAUGCUCGUGUGGCAGGCCUGUGGGAUACUUGGAAUCAAACUGCUCUGGCCUUUAUGUGUCUUCCCCUUCUGUAUGGAUUCCAUGAAGGAUGUGGAGCACUCCUGCCCCGUGUGUCACACCACCCUGCAUGUCUACAAACGCACAUCUUAACUCUAAAAUCACAACCCAAAAAGUUGAAAAGAUAUUUCAACAUGAACAAAGUCAUAAUUUGUGGGACACUACCAAGAUAAGAAACAUUGACAUUAUAAAAUAAUUGAGAAUCAUCUUAAUGAGGGUGUAAUAACUCAUAUAACUGCGUAUACCAUGUUAUUGUUCAAAUUAAUAAAUAACCAAUAAAUCUUCA